CCGUUGCCGUUUCAUUAAUAUCCACAUUGGCAUCUCCUUAUAUGAAAUGAGUGUUGGGAGUACUAUCACAUUAAGAAAAUUAAUCAUCAACUUCAUCGCUUGGAAUCAAAUUUGCUAUUGCAAUAAUUCAGAACGAAUAUAAUAUUGGAUCCGAAGUCUUUGUCAUUUAUCACUUAUUCAUUCUCCGGAUAUCCUUUUUGCUUUUCCUUCAUCGACAGAUCGCCGCAUCACAUGAAACGGCGUACCGCUGCUUUGGGAAAAGAAGCUCGUGUUAAUCUUACUCUAUUCGAAGUUAUCUUAUAUCACGCCCUCCAACCAAAGCGCCCUAAUGGUGACCACCAUCCACGCUCGAAUCUUUCGCCACAGUUAUAGUCAAGGGCACGAAAUAAAACAUUCAGUUAGUCAUCAGUCGAGAAGAACAGAGCGAGAGAGUUCAUUACCGAGAAGAAUGGACAGGGAGAGCUCCCUCCCGGCAACCACCUGUAGUAGAGGUCAUACGCAUCCACCUUGGAAUACUUCAGGUGUAUUGAGGAUAGCGAAAUGUGAAAGUGUGUGUGGAUUCUGUAUGAAGGAGACAGAUACAGCUGCGAAGUUGAGGAAACAUGUUGCCAUUCAUAUCAAAAAUGAAGGACUUAAUUUGACAAUAGCAGAAGCUGCUAGUGGGAGAGGAAGAUUGUAAGAUUAACAUCUUGGCGGAUUUUCAUUGCAAAAAUUCGUCAACAAGGAAAUGCUGCUGACAGUUGCUAACAUAUCGCAUAGAGAAGCUCCAACUCACAAAUAUUCAUAUGAUACAUCAGGAUGUUCAUCACAUGGCCAUAUAACGCCUCUGGAGGAUGAACAUCCUCAACUCACAUAUUCAUCACAUACGCCUACCUAUUCAACGUACUCUUCCGCGUCUCUCACUCCAUCACCAUCUACAUACAAAAGUAUAGCUCAACGACCUCCAGCAACCUCAUCCUCCAGCUAUGAUACAUACGCAUCGCAUCGCUCCCCAUCCUACUCCGCCGCUCCCAGCCCAAGCAGCACCACCGCUCUCUCAAACUAUCGUUCCUUAGCCCAAGGCUCAACUCACGCCCGUACCGAUCCUUUCUCCUCCCUGCGCUCUCAUGCCUUACGCACAAAAUUCGAAUGGACAGUCAUAACCCCUUCCGAAGGCUUCGCCAUUCUCGAUUACUGCAAGUCCAUGUCUCAAGCUAGUAGCGAGCAAGUUCCGUGUUACAACCGCGAAACACUGUUUGAUGAAGAGUGGCAAAGCCACAUGAGAGAUAUCCAUGGAGUUUAUCUGAUAUGGCCCGAAACCUGGAUGAAAAGGGUAGAGGUGUUAGAUUUAGAGGGGGUAGGGGGAAGGAUUGAAGGCGUUAAUGAUCUGGUUAUGGAAGGAAAGACAGUGGAAAGUUUUAGCCUUUUUGGAGAUGAAUGAAACUUCAAGGGGCAUUUACGAUAAAAAUCUGAAUUUGAUGGGAAAGGAUUGGAAAAAUAACAAAUACUGGAAAAAGUACCAGGACGGCAUGGACUUGGAGGGAAAUAUACGGGAUUCAACAACUUGUACACGCAAGGAUGGAGUUUUGGGUUAAGAAUCGGGCAGGCAAGGGAAUGCAUUAGAAAAUGGAAAGGUCGUAAGGCAGGGCCCAGGCGUGCAGUGGAUUAUUUCAUUAUGAUUUCCAUUCGUAAGAUGGUUAUUCUCAUAUUCUAUAAUGAUACGGAUAUGAAGAUGAAGGUAGAAUGAGUACGUAAAUACAUGAACAA